AAGUUUCCCUGACUGUACAGACAGUGAGAGGAGCUGGUUGGGCGUGCGUCACCCUCCAGCAAUCCCACCGACAGAUGUUCUAAAGAACAGAGUUUUGUGUCCGGCGCGUGGCGGUCCAGGAAUGCAGACGCGCUCCCUCUGUUACUGUGCGGCGCCCGUGCCAACACAACGCUCCUAAUGCUUGUGAAAGUGUCACCGGUGCAUGCGUUGUCGGUCAGAGUUUGCCGAGUCGUCCCGCGGAGUUGCGUCAGCCGGAGUGUAUGACGAUUAUUGAUGAGCGGCUAUGGGGGACAUUAUCAAAGCAGAGAAACGCUCCGGACCAGCGACGGGGAAGAGCUGGUGCUGCCGGGCGACCCUUCUCCUCGUCAUGUUGCUGCCCGCGAAACAGGUCCGGGGUGCUGUCCUGGAGGGCGUGCUGAAGAAGUGGACUCAGUACAGACUGGAGUGUAUGGACAGGCUGGAUAAGGAGAGGCCUCUGGCCAAUGGUGUUUACUGCAACGGGGUAUUUGACCAGUUCGCCUGCUGGCCGUUCUCCCCUCCCGGUAAUGUGUCGGUGGCCUGUCCGUGGUAUCUGCCCCUGAGGGAUGACGGGAACACCGGCUACGCGCACAGGCUCUGCACCGACAACGGGACUUGGCAGUGGGACGCCAACAGAUCAGAGUUUUGGCGCGACGUCACGGAAUGUUCUGCGAAAAUUAACUCCAUACCGUACAAGGAGACCGCGCUGAUGUCAUUGCUGAGAAUAUGUUACACGAUCGGCUAUUCCAUUUCCCUGGGGACCCUGGUGGUGGCGCUCUGCAUCCUCCUUACUUUCAGGAAACUUCACUGCAUGAGAAAUUACAUCCACAUCAACCUCUUCGCAUCGUUCAUAAUGCGCGCGAUGGCGGUGCUGGUGAAAGACAUUGUGGAGAACACGAGCCUUAUGGUGCCGAGCCCCACCGACGAGGACGGCUGGAGGUCCAAAAUAAAUGCGACUUCCUCCUGUAGAGUGGUGUACAUCUGUCUGCAUUACUUUGUCGGGGCCAAUUAUUUCUGGCUGCUGGUGGAAGGCAUCUACCUCUACACCACCAUCGUCACCGUGCUUCUGUCCGAGAGGAGAAUGCUGCUCAGAUAUAUCGCCAUCGGCUGGAUGUGUCCCCUCCUGUUCAUCAUACCGUGGGUGAUUGUACGAUCCUAUCUGGAAAACGAUGGGUGCUGGGAGACUACUACUAAUACAGGGAUCUGGUAUAUUAUAAAGGGGCCAAUGCUUUUCUGUGUGUUUAUAAAUUUCAUGGUUUACAUCCGGAUAUUACAUCUUCUACACAUGAAGCUGAAAGCCCAACAGCUAAAGUUUACCGAUUACAAGUACCGAUUUGCUAAAGCAACUCUCAUCCUCAUCCCUCUGCUGGGGACACACGAAGUCUUCUUCACCUUUGUCAGCGAUGAACACAUUAAAGGGCUCACCAAACACAUCCUGCGCUUCAUCCAGCUGACUCUGAGCUCCUUCCAGGGCUUUGUGGUUGCCUAUUUGUAUUGUUUCACCAAUGGGGAGGUCAAAACAGAGCUCCGUAAACAAUGGAACCUCUUCCUCCUCCAGUAUUUUCCAUGCAGAAGCUGUGUCUUCAGGAGUCAAGUCAAGUAUAAACCCAAAGCUGCUAAAAACUCAAAUAACGCAUUCUUGACACACAACGGGGUCUACCCGAAUGCAAAAAAAAAGAGCAAAGUCCAGCUGCUUCCGGCCCCCAGCAACCUGACCUCUGACCUGCACCCCAACCACAGCGCCACCCCGCAGUACUUCAGGAGAAGCGUUUCCGAGAGCAGCGAUGGCGGCUUAACACUGGGAGAGACAUUUGAGGAGACGGUGGAAGAAAGUGAGAUUUGUUAAGGGGCAAAAUUGUGAUUUUUAGAAAAUAAUUGUAGAAGAAGGAAGAGAAUCGGGUUCCACGUACUAAGGAAUUAACCAGGAAAAUCAACAGGACCUCAAUAUGAAGGAUGACUCCAGAAAUGGAUCAAUUCGAAAAAGGAAUUCUAAAAACUAUGAAGAGGCUGAUUCUGAAUGUAGCAGUGGCCAGAUAGAAACUUUUAAACCAAGAUUUUGAAUGUUUUUAUUGGAAUUUAUUUUUAUUUUUUGUAUAUUUUGCCAUAAUGCAAGAAAAUAUUUGUGUAUAUUGGUUUGUUGUUGACCUUAUAGGCCCUUGACCCCACUUUAUACUGUAGAGUCAGGAUAGGCAACUUUGGAGUGUUUACCUUGUGUGUCCUUAAAAUCUGUUAGGUAGAUUCACAGACAAUCGCCAAACUUUGCGGUGGCGUAGCUUAGCGU